AUUGUGGGGUGGACAUGGGUCUGUGUGCCGUGCUGUUGAUUUGUCUCUCACAGGCAGAGCUGACCAGAGUGUGGGCUCAGGAGCAGAAAGGUAUAAUUCACGGGCAGUCAGUUAAGACUGAUGGAGGUCCAUCAGACAUCCAGAGAACAAGAAGAGACCAACAAGAUCCCAGCAGACACACUCAGAACAGAACUGGACAAGAGCCGACCAAUAGGCUGUCCAUUGACAUGCUCCCUGACAAUAUGACACGAGUGGUGGAGGACUCCCAGAGGUACUACUCCUGGCGCAGUUUUGGUCCUGGUGACAAACGCACACAGGAUCUCUGGGUGGAUCUUGAUUCAGUGCAUCAAGGACCUGUCAGAGUGCACGCUAUCCUAUCCAACACACACCGACAAGCAUCGCGGUUGGCACUAUCCUUUGACUUCCUUUUCUAUGGACAUCAAGUGAGACAAAUCACCAUAGCAACUGGAGGUAUUGUAUAUAGACUGUUCACCUCUCUCCUACAUCAGGCCAUCUGGAGCAUAUCAGACUGGUUUGUGUUUGCCUUAGCACACAGACACAGAAAAUGUCUCACAUGAGAUGCUUCCAUGACCUCUUUUGUAUUAUUCAAGACUGAUCAGAUCGUCCUUUUUUUCUCAAUACCUAGGCCCUUUUUUUCAAAACUCUUCACACAGUUCUCCUUACCAAAUUUCAGCUUGGCACACCACUAAAUUUCACAUCCAAAACGCACUAAAACUACCAAAACACUUCAUACUUAAUAAAUUGUCUCAAAUCAACGUAUUCAUCCAUAACACUAGCAAACCCUCAUAAUGCAAUAUUGCAAUUAAACUUUACCUCAUGUAAAUGCAAUGCUUCGAUCAAAAUAAUGUGAUUAAGCUCAUAAUCAUAGCAAG